AAGCUAGGACCUUACCAUACUAGCGCCAAAACUGAGGUUUAGUCGUCACUUCCGGAACUAUUUCAAGUGGCUUAAGGCUUACUUCUGAUUAUCUCCGAAAGUGAUAAGUUUGUAAAGCUACAAGCUAAUUUUAUUCAAGUGCAUAAGUUGCUGUCAGUUACAAUCAAUCAAUCAAUACUCAUUGUUUGUUUACUUUUUCCGAAGUUCACCUUGUUAUGCAACCAUGCCAAUCAGAUUAGUGGGCAAAAAAAGUCAUUUUACCGGAAAAUUAUUAUUUGAAAUCCUUAGUAAUUUAAAAAAUUAUGGUGUCGGUCGUGUGGUCUGCUUAAACAGUUAUAAAAAAUUUCCUGAAAUUUGUUAUUAUGUUGUUCGUAAAGUGAUUCCCAUGCGUGAACCAAUUGGUCCUGGCCCUGAUGAAUUGGUAUUUGGAAAAGUUUGGGUUGAAGAAAUAUUUCGUGGCAAGAAAAAAGAAGAACUGCAGUUGAUAACUGUUCACACUUGUAUGCCUGACUGGUACUUGAUACCCAAAGAAGAAGAAGGGAAGUAUUUAAAUUGUGAAUUAAAAGAAGUUGUUAAGACAUUACCCAAGUAUGAUUCAGUACCUCCUGUCAUUGGAGAAAUAAUGAAAAGAAAGGAUCCUUCACUUAAAGAACCAAAGAUGGAAAGAGUUUAUCCAUAUCUCUCCCCCCAUCUUUCAUACCGAACAGCAGAAGAAGGCAUGAAACCUGAUUAUAAACUCAAAGUUCAAAUACCUGAUGAAUUCAAAGUUGGAGUAAAAGACCCAACUCACUUUCUGAAACUGAAUGACAAAUUUAGCAAAUCUGAUUCUUCUAAACCAUCAUCUCAAAACCAUAAUGUACAGAGAGACUUUCAUUCAUUAGUGUCACCAAAUAGUGCAAUAAGUACUUCAAGAAUCCUAUUAAAUUAUAAUAUGCUACAGAUUUCAAGAAUGGCAACAAGUGUUUCUUUAAUGAAUGGUUCAAGAGUUCAAAAAAUAAAGAGAAAAUUACGAGAAAUGAUGGGUGUAAAAACAAAAAUUAACAUUGCUGCCUGCUUAGUGUAUGAAAAAUGUGCUGAUACAAUUGAUUUGCAUGCUUUCAUGAGAUAUUUUAAACUUCCUGAUACAUUUCAUUCCUGGUUCCUUUCCAUAGAACUUCAUGUGUGGAUUCUUGCACUUGUAACCAUCUCUGAGAAAAGUGGAAGAUUGUUUCGCAACAGAUUAGUUGAAGAAAUGUGGAAUGAUUGUGAGGAACGUUUAAACCACUUGGGGCAAUUACCUAGCUCUACUAAAAAGGAAUAUCUAACAAAGCUGAGUGAACAAUUUCAGGCUGCUUUAAUAGCUUAUGAUGAGGGUAUUCUUGCUGAUGAUAGAACAUUAGCUGCUGCAUUAUGGAGAACUCUAUAUGCUUUUGACCCAGAAAUAGAUCCAAGAUUACUUGAAGCUCUAGUUUUAUAUGUUCGAAAACAAAUUGAGCAUCUGGAUACCUUAAAUAGUGAAGAAAUGAUGAUGUAUGGAAAUGUGACUUUCCUGACUUUAACAGACAUACUAUCUGAGAAACCUGAAACCUAGAAAAGUUAAAGAUGAUAGUCUAGAAAAAUUUUUCAUUUGUUAUUGGAUUGUAGUUUUCUCAUUUAUAAUAUUUUGUAAAGUUUUAACAAACUAUGCCUGCAUUAAUCAUCUUAAUAAACAUUUAGUUUAGUUA